UUGCAGCAUGAAUAGUAGCAGCUUAGCUCAAAGGACAUUCCUCCAGCCACACUUCUGUCAUACUGGUUUCAAAGGGCCAUCUUUAACUGGGGGAAACUGCCAGCCAAGUCUAAACGACUCUCAGGAGUCCGACCGUGAAUGCCUGACACAGGAGAUAGAAUAUCAGCGUGAACUUCAAAAGUGGAUUUCCGACAAUGAAGAACUAUUAGGCCUGUCUUCUGAUGAGCUAGAGAAUGACAGCUUAGAAGAAGAUAGCUUGGAAGACACAAGUGUGAAUAAUCCAGAAUCAGCAAACCAUGGCAAAGUACUUUCAAGUGGGAAAGAAUAUGGAAAGCAAAAGAGCAAUAAUAACAAAAGCAAACAGCAAUCUGUGGACAGAUAUUGUCACCUAAGAUACAAUCCUAACUGGAAGAUGAUAAAAGAGGGAGGAGAAUUGUCUGAAGUGCAAAGAACAAGCCAAACUACAGAGAAAACUCCACAGUGCUCCUCUGGUGAUUUUUCUUACCUCCCUUCCAAAGGCAUCUUAGACAGGACCUUGGAAGAAAAUAAUCAGCUGGUAGAAGAACCACAAAAUAUAUCACCUGAAUUUAAUGCAGAAUUAUUAAGCCCCGAUGAUCAAAUUGUUAGUGUCAGCAGAGAGCCUUUUAGAUUACAUACAGAAGGAAAAAAACCAGAAGAUUGUCAGCAAAAAACCAGUUCCGGUACAUACAGUGAUGUUUCCUCUCUUCAAUCUGGACAAGUUAAGCAACAGAAAGCAAAAAAAGACUUUGUGGAAAAAAAUAAACUUACUUUGGGACAGGCAGCAAACAUGCACAAUUCAUAUCUUCAACUACAUAGUAAAAAGCAAGGAGAAGUUCUUCAUGAGCAGGAUCACCAGGAUAAACGAAACCAGGCAGACAAAACCAAACCAAAACAAAGAUUUAAGGAGAGAUUCUUCCCAAGAAAUGAUGUCCAGCACCCAUCAGGAAGACCAGCAGAGCCAAGAUCUCAGUGUCACAGCCAUGGCGAUAUGUCAGAAUUUGCAACUGCUCCUACAGGUGCUCUCUCUUCUGAAGUGCUAGAACUUGAGCAAGAUGAGCUUAGUUCACUGCACAACUGGUUACAUGCAAGUCCCUUCCUUAGUCCAAUUAGUCCUUCCAUUAAGUCAAGUUCAAUAGCAAAUUGGGACACUCACUCAAAUACCAAACCAAGUACAAAUUUUCAAAACCAAAAUCGAAAGCAAAUCUCUAUGAACCUGAAUUCACCCAAGCAGCCCCUUGAACUAGCAUUGCAUAAACGGUCUCCUGGCUUAAAACCAUCUCCAGUGCACGUCAGAGAUGAGAACAAGGCAUACCAGCAUGAUCCUGGAAACCCAUAUAAUCGGGAACAUAUAUACAAUGAUUCCAUUUUAGAGCCUCUUCCAAGCAAUGGCUAUACCAGUGGUCAAACACACCUGCAAAGCAUUUCAUCUGCUUACAAUGCUAAUCUUCAAGAACCUGAUCAUGUUUCACAGCAGAGCUACAGAAAGCAAAUGCAUGCAGACAAGAGCCAUCACAAAUAUGCCAGCAGUAGCUUUUGGCCAUCCCAGUCAUCUGCUCAUAAUCCACUGGCAAGCUCUUCUCCCACCACACAACUUAUCCAGACCAUGGAGAGACAUCAGCAGGAAAUCUCUCAACUGGCAGAUGCUCACCUUGCUGGAAAGCGACUGCCUGGCAUGUUUCCAGCCAUAAUCCCAAGGGUAGAAAGUGACUCAGAGCUAAAUGCAGAGAGGAGUGAAGGCAGCCAAGUGAAAAUGAGUCGCAGCAAUUCUGAAGGGUAUCUGGUACAAUUGGAAAAGCAAAAACAUCUGAAAGAAAAAGCAGGCAGGCAGCUUUCCAAGCCAAAGGGCUUCAUGAAUCUGGAUGUGAAGCUUGGAGGCCUUGGACCUGACUAUGUAACAGCCAAAGAGAAAAAAGAAAAGCUAAAGCAACAAAAGGAAUAUGCACAGCUAGUGAAGGAACGCAACAUGAAGAAUAUUGUUACUGUGCAGAAACCACCAACACCAAAGAUCAAAUCCUUGGCAUCAAGACAUAAGGCACUGGAAUACGCUAAGAAGAUUCCUAAACCAAAACCUCUGUCCGCCAGGCAAGCAGACGAGGAACUGAAAGAGGAAAGAAUUCCAGCACAGACUUUAAGGGGACACAGUUUACCUCAAAUUUCUUCCCUGGAAACUCUGCAAUACAGGCAUGAGAAAGAGAAGGAAGUUGUGGCUGCUUUCAAAACCCUUCACAUUUUAUAAUGAGUUUUGAAUGCUUAGUGUACAGGGUAGAAACUAUUUAAAUUGUUUAAGUUGUGCAUUAAAUUACUUCCCUGUUCCCCAGACGCUGUUUCAGGGCUGUGCUGUUUAAUUAUGGGAUUCUACUAUUGCAAAAUUGAUUUCAGGACACAAAAUACCUUCAGAUUAAUCGCUCUUCAUUUAGACCAAGUUUAUUAUAGCCAAAUUGCAUUUUUGUUUAUUUUAAAACACCAAAAUAUAUGAUCAUAUUUUAAAGUUUUAAGUCUCUCUGUUCUGUUCUUACUCCUUGAAAAUUCCUAGUAUAGAGUGCUCUUCUUUCAGCUCAUCCAAGAGGGACAUGGUAUUUGCUUGUCAGAGAUUGGCAGUUUUUACAGUUGUUGGAUAGAAGGGUUGGUAUUUAUUUAACAAGAUACUAUUGGAUAGACCGGGACAAGAUUUGACCCAUUUGGGUGGUGAAUGCACAAAAUUCUGAACUCGGGCACUGGCCGUUUUGUUAAAUAAGAGCUAAUUCUAUGGUUUUCAGAUAAUCUGACAGUUUGGGGGCUUAUACACAUUUGUAAUUUCUCUUUUGCUUGUUAACUUUUAAAUUCUGACACGUCUUAAAUUUAAGUAGUAGACAUCCAUCCCAGUUUGGAGACCUUAACAUCAGUAAUAAUUUCUCUUUUACGAUGAAGAGGAUUCUGCUGGCAGGUUAUCCAGGACUGAAGCCAAAGAAAGGGGGGGAAACUACUCUCAGUGAGGAAGAAAAUAAAACGUGAACCAAACACAGCCAUCAGUAACGAUACAGUAACUAAUUAAAUGAUUGUUGCUUUAUUAUUGGCUAAUGAAUCAUUGUCACAACAAAAGCAAGCCCGGAAAUCCAGAGCUUCAAUCUAAGACAAGAAAAUACAAACCGAGUAAAGGCUGUUCAUGUCAACAAUCUGUUAUUAGCCUGGAGUAGUUUCAAAAUGCAUUGAGUAACCAAGGAAAACACUGAAAAUAAUUGAGAACUGCAUAUUUGAUAGGAAACAGUCUUUAACAAGAUUAAGUCUGAGAUGAUAAUAAACGGAUGGGAUUCUUGGGAUGUUUCUGUUUCUUUGACUUGGUAAAGAAAGAAAGAAAUCCAC